AUGGCAAGAGAUCUGCAACAGGUCCUUCAAAAAACCCUUAAUGAGGUUGUGAAUGAAGAUGCCGAGGGCAAUCCAUGUGUUAUAUGCCUUGAAUCUAUCACAGAGCCUACCGUUGCUAAACCUUGUAAUCAUACCAACUUUGAUUAUCUAUGCCUGAUCAACUGGCUAGAGCAACGGCCUCACUGUCCUUUGUGUAACGCACAAAUCAAGUCAGUCCAAUAUGACCUGAAAACACCAAGUCCGAAGACAUACAAUGUCCCUAUCACGGAGCCAGUAAAAGGUCAAGGCCAACGUUCAUCAUUUCCACAUCCACGAGCACGUACCAGCAGGCCACGACCUGUUCCCCGUCAAACACCACUACCGAGUGAUUCUUUAUCAGUGAGGCGCAAUGUUUAUGCCAAUCAGCUGUAUUCCCUGCGCGUUGGAACAAAUCGCCUUUCGCAAUAUAAUGAAGUGCUCCCAGAAUAUUUCAACCGUGACGAGGCACUUGUAUCGCGUGCUAGAAAAUGGAUUCGUCGGGAGCUCCAAGUCUUCUCCUUUUUGAACCCUGAGCCUGAGAGAGAUGAAACGUCUCUGAACAAUGUGCCUCGCCCAGGACAACAACGACUGGAGAAUCGUCGGGCAAAUAAUGCCGAGUUUCUACUUGAAUAUAUCAUUGCGAUUCUGCGUACAGUGGAUAUUAAAGACAGUGCUGGACAGGCAGAGGAGUUACUAAAGGACUUUCUUGGAAGGGAAAAUGCCCGCUUGUUCUUGCAUGAGUUGUUGGCCUGGCUUCGAAGUCCCUACACAUCCCUGGAAAACUGGGAUCGCCAUGUGCAGUAUCGAAAUACCUCGAGAAGUUCCUCCAUUCGGGGUAUGCGUAGAUCAUCCCAAAACUAUGAACAACCUCGCCGCAGUGCAUCCCCACAGAAUUACAAUCACAGUCUUUCCGAACCGCCUAUAGAAUUAUCGGCAUCUGAUGUACGGAGGGACUUUUCUAUGCCAGGCUCAGACAGCGGGGGUAAUCGGGGCUCACGGCGCGACAAUGGGCAGUCCCAUCACCGUAGAGUAUCUCUAAAGGGUGGCAACGAUAGGAGCCUUUUUGAACGAGUUUCGAGACCGGACCAGUCGACAUUGCAUUCAAGAAGAGAUGCACGAAGUAAUCAAUAA